CAGGAUGGGAAAUGGAGAAUAAGAUAACUGCAAUUUUGAGAGAAUUAACCCAAUGUUUUAAUCCAAAAGAUUUCUAAAUAAUUUCUCAAAGGAAAGAGAGGUCGAGAGAAUUGAAUGCGUUUUGGACAUGUACACCACUUGCCAACUUACUGCUGCUCACUUCCUGCAUCCUCUACUUUCUCGCUCACUAUUUAUAUUCUCAUUCUUAGGCAUCUUCCUUUUCAAUCGCCUCUCUGACUCUUUCUCCCUCUAUUUUUCUCUCAGAGCCAUGAAGCCCUCUGCAGAAUUUGUAGAACACGGAAUAUCUCAAGAGUAAAAGGAGGAAGGGUGUAUUCUGCUUCAAUAUCGUGGUUCAGGGUUUUUCAAUUCUGUAGCUAUUUCAUUUUAAACAUGACAUCAUUGUGUGAAAAGUGAUGGCUUUUUCAUACGCUUCAUCUCAUGCCUUCUUUAUAGCCUUUCAAGCUGCAAUCUCAACCAUGCCAAUCAGGGAAAAAAGAAAGAAAUAUGAUUUAAUCUUACUUGAAUGCUGAGCCUGGUAGGGUCGCGAACCCGUGACAAAGCUAAUCCAUUAUAAAUAUAUUUUGAUUCAGCCACUAAUGCUUGUUCAUUUUCUUUCUUCUAAGUUCAUCUCAUAUAUGUUAAUAGAUUUAGUGUCUUGAACCAGAACUUGAAAAGGGUCUCCCGCACAACAAUGCUCAAAUUGGCUUAUCAAAGUCUAGGAGUGAUAUAUGGAGAUCUCAGUAUUUCUCCCCUCUAUGUUUACAAGACCACCUUCUCUGGCAAAUUGAGCCUCCAAGAGAAUGAUGAAGAGAUUUUUGGGGUGCUCUCCUUUAUCUUCUGGACAAUUACUCUCAUUGCUCUAUUUAAAUACAUAUUCAUAGUAUUGUUGGCCGAUGACAAUGGUGAAGGUGGUAACUUUGCAUUGUACUCCCUUCUCUGCCGACACGCAGGACUAAGCAUUCUACCCAAUCAACAAGAUGCGGAAAAGAAUUUGUCUUCAUAUUUAACAGAAGAAUCUGCAGAAACAUGGAAGAGUUCUGCUCUGAAGUCAUUCUUCAAGAAGCACCCAAGAUUUCGCAAAGGGCUUUUUAUUUUUGUACUGCUUGGGACCUGUAUGGCUAUUGGAGAUGGUGUACUCACUCCUGCAAUAUCAGUUCUUUCAGCAGUUUCGGGCAUCAAACUGAAGAUCGCAGAACUCCACGAGAAUUAUGUUAUCAUAACAUCAUGCAUCAUCUUGGUGGGGCUUUUCUCCCUUCAGCACCAUGGAACACACAGAGUAGCUUUCAUGUUUGCUCCUGUUGUCAUAUCUUGGCUUCUUUGUCUUACUGGUAUUGGGGUGUACAACAUAUUUCGGUGGAAUUCUCAUGUAUAUCGUGCACUUUCUCCGAUUUACAUGUUAAAGUUCCUUACAAGCACAAGGGUUGAAGGAUGGUUAUCAUUAGGAGGAGUGGUUCUUUCAAUCACUGGUGUGGAGGCAAUGUUUGCUAAUCUGGGUCAUUUCUCUCCACUCUCAAUUAAGAUGGCCUUCACAUUUCUGGUCUAUCCCUCUUUGGUUCUUGCAUAUAUGGGUGAGGCUGCAUACCUCUCUAAGCAUCAUGAAGAUAUUCAGAGAAGCUUCUAUAAAGCCAUACCAGAAGCUGUAUUUUGGCCGGUGUUCAUAGUGGCCACUUUUGCAGCUGUGGUAGGAAGUCAGGCUGUAAUAUCAGCUACCUUCUCCAUUAUCAGCCAGUGCUGUGCAUUGAAUUGCUUUCCCCAUGUUAGAAUCAUUCAUACGUCGAGUAAAAUAUAUGGGCAAAUAUACAUACCUGAGGUCAAUUGGUUGUUAAUGUGCCUGUCUUUAGCUGUGACAAUCGGACUGAGGGACACAAACAUGAUGGGUCAUGCAUACGGGCUUGCAGUUACUACUGUCAUGUUUGUCACAACAUGCUUGAUGGCAUUGGUGAUGAUAAUAGUGUGGAAGCAGAAGAUAAUUUCUGCUGUUUCAUUUCUUUUGUUGUUUGGGUCAUUGGAACUGCUUUACAUCCCUGCAUGUAUGUUCAAGGUACCUGAGGGUGCAUGGAUUGCGCUGGUAAUGUCUUAUGUCUUCAUGGCUGUAAUGUAUGUAUGGCACUAUGGAACAAUGAAGAAACACCAGUUUGAGGUGGAGAACAAGGUCUCAAUGAAUAGGAUAGUGUCUUUAGGGCCAAGCCUAGGCAUGGUUCGCGUCCCUGGAAUUGGACUUGUAUACAGUAAUCUGGUGACAGGGAUUCCAGCUGUUUUUGGACACUUUGUGACUAAUUUACCUGCAUUCCAUCAGGUGCUUGUAUUUGUUUGCAUAAAAUCUGUUCAAGUUCCCUAUGUUAGUGAAAAGGAACAGCUUCUCAUUGGUAGGGUUGGCCCGAAGGAGUGUGGUAUGUACCAGUGCUUCUUGAGGUAUGGUUACAAGGAUUUGCAGCAAGAAAAUUACAACUUUGAGAACAGGCUGGUGUCAAGACUAGUACAAUUUGUAGAAACAGAGGAAGAAAGUGCAUCAAAAGCAAGAGCUGAUUGUUGUGCAGAGUUUGGAAACUCGGAUGCUGAAACCUUUGAUUUUUCAGUGCACAGUAUCACACUUCCAGAUCAAGAAGGGGACAGUGUGAAGUCUGCACAUGAUAUUCAAGUAAUGACAUCUGGCAUCCGGCAUGUCGAAAGUUUUGUCCUAAAGGAUGAGUCUCUGCACAUUUUAAGAGCUAAAGAAUCGGGUGUCACAUAUGUUCUUGGGCAUUCCUAUGCAAAGGCAAAGAAAUCAUCUUCCAUCUUUAAGAAAUUUGUUAUUGAUGCAGUAUAUGCUUUUCUGAGCAAGAAUUGUAGAGAACCUAACAUUCUUAUGAACGUGCCUCCUACUUCUUUGCUGGAAGUUGGUAUGGUUUACUACGUCUAAUGUCCUAUAAUGCUAAAAAAAGAGGGGGCACCAGCGGUCAGACUCAGAAGAUCUCUCCACAAGUCUUGUUUCUCCCCUCUCUCUCACACAGAUUAUUUGUCACUGAUCUUUAGGUUUGCAUUGCCAGACUCUGAAAUUUUAGGAUGUAAAUCAUAUGAUUUUAUCGUUUUGACAAAGUAAAUCCAUACAGCAGAACUAGCACUUCCUUAAAACCACUUCUUUGUUCUCUAUGGUAAAUGAAUCGAAUGAUAAAUUGCUUUGAGCCUUUA